AUGCGUUUCUCUAUCAUUGCGGCAGCGUUGUCUGCUUUGUCGACAACAUCAGUAUCGGCACUCACCUACAAAGGUGUCGAUUGGUCCUCGGUAGCGGUGGAAGAAGGAAAAGGCAUCUCAUACACAGAUGGCGGCUCCACACUCCCUCUCGAGCAGAUCCUCAAGAACAAUGGCGUCAACUCGGUGCGACAGCGUGUCUGGGUGAACCCAUCCAACGGCGAGUACAACCUGGACUACAACCUAAAGCUGGCUAAGCGAGCCAAAGCCCAAGGGUUGAGUGUCUACCUCACAUUGCAUUUCAGUGAUACCUGGGCCGAUCCAGGCAAGCAAGGAAUUCCGUCAGGGUGGCCCACUGCGAUCGAUGACCUCGCGUGGAAGUUGUACAAUUACACCAGGGAUGUCUCGAAUGCCUUUAGCAGCGCAGGCGUUGCACCAGCCAUCAUCUCCAUCGGCAACGAAAUCACUUCUGGCCUCCUAUUCCCUACAGGAUCAACAUCCAAUUUCUACAACGUGGCGCGUCUUCUGAACUCUGCUGCCUAUGGGAUCAAAGAUUCCAACCUCAACCCAAAGCCUAAAAUCAUGAUUCACCUCGACAAUGGCUGGAAGUGGGACACACAGCAGUGGUGGUACAAGGGCGUCCUCGCUGCAGGUCCUCUGAAGGCCAGCGACUUUGAUGUUAUGGGAGUUUCCUACUAUCCGUUUUAUGGCAACGGAGCUACUCUCUCAGCCCUCAAAUCAAGCCUACAGAACAUGAAGAGCACAUGGGGCAAAGAGCUCAUGAUUGUCGAGACUGAUUGGCCAACCUCAUGCCCUUCCCCAGCAUACGCAUUCCCAUCCGAUCUCACCAGCAUCCCAUUCUCUGCCGCCGGGCAAACUACUUUUAUUAAAAAGGUAGCCCAGGUUGCCAAUGAUGUGGGUGCUACAGGUCUCUAUUACUGGGAGCCCGCAUGGAUGAACAACCAGGCCUUGGGCUCGUCCUGCCCUUCCAACACGCUGUUCGAGUGGCCUGGCAAGGCUCUGUCCAGUCUUUCUGUAUUUAAGAGCAUUUGA